AUGCAGGAGGAGGAAGAUGCGGGGGUUGUGUCUAAGCACCUGAAGUUCCAGCAAGCAUUCCUGGAGUUGGAGAAUCGAUGUUUUUGGUCAAAAAACGCCCCACAAAGUCGAUUUUUCUGCUGCUGGGAUCUGCCUGACCCGCUCUGCUUUUCCCACGCCACACUUACUAGAGUCAGCCCGAGACUUCGCAAGGUCAGUGACCUUCCAGGUGAAAUCUUCAGCAAAGCUUUAAGUCCAAGAAGUGUCACUGUUACUUGGCAAGCCAAUAAGGAUGAAGUUCAGAGGAAUCAAGAUGCACAGUGUACAAACUGGCUUUCAAAAGAACAUAAUUUGUCAGUCCUCUCCAAUUUUAUUCGAAAUACUGACAUAUUUUUAUCAAUCGCUGGUGGGUGGUGGUACCAACCAAAUCACCUGCAUCAUUCAUUACCCUAUGGGAUUAAAGGCAAUGAAGCGAUUGUCAAAAAGAUAUUAGCCCAUACAAUGUUCAGCAUGCCUGAGGAGAUAAACAGGUUAGAUUGUAAGCGAUGUGUUAUCGUUGGUAAUGGAGACACUCUGAGGAACAGCUCCCUGGGAGAAACAAUCAACAAGUACGAUAUUGUUAUUCGAUUAAACAAUGCUCCAGUGAGGGGCUAUGAAAAGGAUGUUGGAAACAAAACAACCCUAAGGAUCUUUUACCCGGAAUCAACAAUUGAAGAUCCCACCGUUGAAAACAAUUUUGAUACACUCUUUGUGCUUGUACCAUUUAAGACAGCCGACAUUCACUGGUUGAAGGCGAUCGUGUACAAUGAGACAAAAAUUACAGCAGGAUUCUGGAGAAGGCCAGCCUUUGUAAAGAAUUUGGAUCCUGCCAAAUUGCGGAUACUCAAUCCCUACUAUAUGUAUCAAGCUGCAACAUAUUUUCUGAGUCAACCCAAUAAAAGGAGAGGAAAUCGUCCAACCACUGGGUUCUUAGCUGUCACGUUGGGCCUGAACUAUUGUGAUGAAAUUGAUGUUGCUGGAUUUGGUUAUCCAUUGAAUCAAAAAAAUGGGAGGAUUCAUUACUUUGAUCAGCUGAGUAUGAAACAUAUGUCAAACACUGUGCACAAUGUCACCCAUGAACACCUGUUUUUGAAGACGCUUAAGAAUGCUGGAGUGAUCAAAUACCUCACUUAAUCAUCACAACCAUCUUUACAUUAUUGAGAUGGUUUACUUCAAAAUAUCUGUCAGCUAUCUACUUUUAUCUGUGCUUGAUCCUUGUAUAUAUUAAGAAUCCCUCCACUCGAUGACCAUUUUCCUCCCUGCUAAGCCACAACGUUAGUUUCUGGCUUGACCUGGUGAUUAAGUGCAACAUUCUCUGUCUGCAGUGAACUGGUGAAAUACUAUUGGAAGGAGGGACUGUGCCAUUUCAACACAGUGUGAUUAAAGAGGCUGUGAUAUCAUGGGCCUAAUUUCACCACAGGCAUCAGGACCCUAACACCGAGGUGAAAAUGGGGUUCCUAAACCCAGGUCACACACCAAUAUCUCGGUGGCCCACCAUCAAAUUAAGGCCAUCAGCUGGUCUCCUGUUUGCUGCUAGCCCAACCAGAGAGUUGAACUCUCAGUCACACCCAGAAAUGAGGUGACCUCAGGCAAGGCAGGUUGGUGGCCUUAGGAGCCAGGCAAACGAACUAUUAAAAAGAAUGACAAGGUUAGGGUCAAAUGGGGAUGGGAGAAACCUCUCUGGUGGAUUGUUGACACUGCAGAGACAGCCUUCCCUGCCCAUGGGCCACUCUUUGGGCCAGUGUGCCUCCAUCAAUCCCCUUCAUUCGAAACCUAAAUCUUGCAGAGUCGGAGAGAUCUAAAAGUAUUGUGUAAAUGAUGCCUCACACAUAGUGGAAUCUGGCAGACUCACUGUUUCCAAUUGAAUUCAUGUUCUUUUUUAAUGCAGUCGGGGAGCUGGCACUGAGCAUUGACAGCUUCUGUCAAAUUAGUUGAAGGACAAUGUGACAAGGUCUGGUAUGAGGUAUAGUUGCAUCGAGUUAGGGAAUGGGGAAAGGUGGAUAGGCUAGGGAAAUGCUAAUGGGUACUGAAGGUUGUGUGGGGGUGGGGGGGGUUUGGAUAAAGCUGUACGGGAAUUAGGACAUAGUGAGGGAGAAGGGUUUCUCUUUGCUACUGUUGAUUUGUCUCCUUCUCUUUAUCUUAACAACAUUGCAGACAAUUUGUCUCUUUUCCUUUUCAAGGGGUUCCUUGAUGGUGAUAGACAUUUUAAUAGGAUUGCGGGUUGUUAAUUUCCAGCCAAGAGCUGGUUACAAGUAGCAAAAUAACUAAGUGUAUGGCCCUUAAAAAAUGUCAGCUGCUAUUGUUACAAUGAUGACUUGGGUAAUUAGAAGAUUUUGUAGCCACUGAGCACUGAAAAUGUAAACAUUAAAGAGCAGCAUACAGAUGGAAGGAAUAGGUUCUCACUCAUUUGAGGGGUGAUAGAUAUAGCACAGCUAUCAGAGAUAGUUUCUUUACUCAGGGAGUAGUACGGCGUGAAAUGCAAUACCUGCAUUAGUCAUAGACACCGCAACUUUAAGGGCAUUUAACCAGUCAUUGGAUAAACAUAUGAAUGAAAAUGAAAUAGUGUAGGAUAGAUGAGCCCAGUUGACUUCUACUCCUGGGCGGAUGAUUUGAUCUAUAUGAGGGAUCCCUGUUCUUUUAUUUGAAGGUUUGCUAACUGGAACAAGGUCAAAAGACUCAAGGCCUGAUACUCCAAUAGUUAAAGCACCUCAUCGACAAGCAUGAAUGUUUUUUAAUAGAUGAAAAAAAUUUGCAAUGCUUCCUUCUCAGAUUAAGACAUUUUUUAAUAUUUACAAUUUGAAUUGCGUCCAAGUGCUAUAGGCAUACUUUUUUCUGAAGGAUUGCUGAUGACUCCAGUGACAAAUGUAGGAGUUGCUGGAAUUGAAGAUUGUCAGCCCUAUGAUCUUCAAUUUUAUAUUAAUCUUCAAUAUCCAAAUUAACUUUAACCAAACCAUUUGUGGUAUAACUGAAGUUUACAAUGAAGAAGAUAGUUCUCUAAGUGACUUGCAGUAAAAGAAAGGCCCCUUUCGAGCCUCCUGGUUUGUGUAACAUGACUCCACUGUUAGCAUUGUUCCUGUACUAGUGAGUCUGACACAAUGCACAGACACAUCUCCCUCCAGCUUCCUCUACCAAGGUUUUUAUGAUUUGGAGAUGCCGGUGUUGGACUAGGGUGGACAAAGUUAAAAAUCACACAACACCAGGUUAUAGUCCAACAGGUUUAAUUGGAAGCACACUAGCUUUUGGAGCGAUGCUCCUUCAUCAGGUGAUCAGGUGAUAAGGUUUUUAUGUAGCUUGUGGGUUUGAACAUUGUUCUCUGGUUUCCUGUUUGAAAUGGGCACAAGACAAGCAACUGGGGCUCAAUACAAUGAAGUUUACACAUCUCCAAGAACCAAGUACCAAGGCCUGCACUUGGGAGCAUGGCCAUGUAAAUAGCAGCAAAUUGCACAAACUAUUUGAACUUAAGUCAUAAAUUAGUAAUUGGAUAGUGUAAUAAAUUGUUAUAUUUGAUGGGUUUUUUUAAAGAGGGUCUCAAUAGGUGCAGCACUGUGUCUCUUGGCACUGCAGUGUCGUCUGAGCUGAAUGUGAACAGUCUUGGUGCAUUUUCUACAGCACAGUCAGUGCACAAUCCAGUGGCAUCAGCACAAACUGCCAUUGGUCUGGAUUAACAAGUUCACUCACAGACAGGCCAAAAGAUGUUCAAUGUGAGCAAUGGGGAAAAUAAUGAAUUAGAGGCUAUUUAUCUGUCAGUGGGAUGAGGAAUAUGUUUGAAAUGACUGCCUAAUCCCCACCCACUCGACAAUCCCAUUGACCACUACAAUUCUCUAAUUCAUGCUUCAUCUCUCCCCCACUCCUUUUGCCACCCAAAGUGAUCGUAUCUCGAUUCUUCUCAGCCACAAGCUGCAAGAUUCCCUCAACAAAUUGACCUCUCAUUCAUUGAGACUCUCCUUAAAACUUACCUUGGUGCCCAUGUCUUGAGUCAUUCUUCAUGAUAUCUCUUUCUGUCAACCAAUGUCAAAUUUUGUGAAGUGCCUUGGUAUUUAUAGGUUAAAGACACUGUAUCAAUGGAAGUCCUUGUUGAAGCUCUUUUUUAAUGCACACAGCAUAUUCUUGCUGAAUGGGUUAAAGUUGGGACCUUUAAUGUGACUUGAAUAUAUUAUUUAUAAUGGCAAUUAAAAACGUUUG